AUGUCGGGGUCAAUAAAGGGUAUGGUAGGUUGUUACAACAUGAAUUCAAGUCAACAAAUGUGUGCAGUUGAACUUUCAUUACCAUUUAUUCAACAAGCAAUCGAUAUUCUCGAUUUAUCAAAUAUAUCAAUGACACAACCAUUAAUUAUUGCCGAUUUUGGCUCAUCACAUGGUUUGAAUUCAAUGUAUGCAAUAAAAUCGAUUAUUGAAUAUAUUCAGAAGUCUAAAAAUGAACAACGAUCAUUUCUUAUUGUUCAUAAUGAUUUAUCAACAAAUGAUUGGACAAUCCUUUUCGAUCUACUCAAUAAAGAUAAUAGUUAUUAUGGUUUAGCAUCCGGUCGAUCAUUUUAUGAACAAUGUUUACCAUCGAAUUCACUUAUAAUUGGUUAUUCUUCAACAUCAAUACAUUGGUUAUCAUGUAAACCAUGUAAUAUAUCAAAUAUUUGUAUUUCUCCAUUAAAUAUUAAUAAUGACAAAUUUAAACAUCAAGCUUAUCUUGAUUAUUCACAAUUUUUAGAACAUCGUUCAAAUGAACUUAUUCUUGGGGGUGUUCUUAUACUUUGUAUACAUUGUCUCAAUGAUAAAGAAUUAAAUGGACUUGAAAUUGCUCAUCAACUUCUCUACAAAUGUGCACAAUCAUUAUUACUUACAGAGCAAGAAUUACUUGAUUAUACCAUUCCAGUUUAUUAUCGUACUUAUUCAGAAUGUAUUGAUCAAGAUCUAUUUAAGAAAUUUUCAUUAAAAUUAAUUAAAUCUGAUAUGUUGGAAGCAAGAAUAAAUAUAUUAAAUCAAUUACAACAAGGAAAAAUUUCAUUAGAUGAAUUUGCAAAGGAUCGAACUCAAUUUGUACGUAGUUGGGGUGAACCAUCAUUACGACAAGCUUUAGAAAUGAAUAAUAAACGUUCAGAAAAAGAUAUUCAAAUAUUAUUGGAUCAAUUUUGGAAGAUGUAUGAAAACGAAGUAAAACAACUUUCAAAUCAAUUUGACACUUCAUCUUGUCGAACUUAUUUAAUAUUAAAAAAGAUUUAA